UCGAAUUCAUGGUUUACGAUCAAAAUUAGAUCCACAAUUUACAUUAACCCCGAAGAUUGUUAUACAAAAACAACAUCCAACAUAUUGGGUUCGAGAUCAAAUGAAUGAUCAAAUCACUCGUGUACAUGUGAAUGAUAUGCGUCCGAUAUUAUUGCGAUAG